AUGGCACCAGCUCAAAAGAAAAAUAAGUCUUUAUUCCAUACUCUUGUAUCGGAGGCAGGGUUAAAGUUAGAAGGCCAUGUUGAGGGUGUGCACGAAUUAGCGGUUGAACCAUCAAUAUUUCGCUUCAAUUUUAUUCAAAAAAUCAAGAAUCAUCCACAAUAUCCAGAUAAAGUAAUUGAUACGUUUCUUAAUGCGUUGCAAGAGUAUUUGGCUAUGGACGAUGGAAAAUUUAAAGCAUGUCUACAACCGCCCUCUCAAAAUAAUCAUUUCUUCAAUAUUUCACAAAGUGAUUCUACAUCAGAUAGUUUAAUUCGAAUUUUAUUGAGCAUCGAUUUUCUCCAAUCAAACCUAAUCGAUCAGUUGUUAGAAAGAUUACCAACGUUCAUUUCAGAAUCUGAUCACGAUAUUAUAGAAUCACCCAUCCCACAAUUGAUUUUAAAGCAAUUAAAGUGGUUAGAUAACAUCAUGAUCCCAAUUACACCAUUAGGCAUCCAAAAAGAAAUAAUAACAAGCCUUCCUGAUAUUAUAAUUGAUUCUGAACAAAAGACUGUCAUUAAUGAGUUGAUAAAGUUGAUUGAUAAUGACUACCGAUUAAUUGUUCCCAUUCUUGACGCACUUCCUCAUUUCACACUUCAAGAAGAUUUGAUGUGUAACGUUCAAAAAACAGUUUUCGAUCGACUUGAAUCCGCUGAUUUGGACGAUUUGGCAGUUGUAGUAAAGUUUUUAUUGCAAACAUCCUCUCCAGAUGAUGCGUACAAUGUAGUACAGCAGAUUAGGGAUAAAGUCGAUUUCCAUUCAAUAAGUGAGUUACAAAGUGAAGCACUGAAUUCGAAAAAACAUCAAAAAAGGAAAAAAGAGCAAAUACCGGAAGCUUUGAUACUAGACUCGAUUAAAUUGGGUAUCGAUAUUCAUAAAUUUGUUAAAGAUGCAUGGUUAAAAGCAAUCAAUGAUGUUAAUAGAACGAACGAUCAUAAAAUAAUUGAUAUAUUGAUUUUAUUGAUUUUGCACUCUAUUCCAAGCACAAAGAAGAAAGUCGAAACAAUCUUUCACAAAAAGAUUAUGAGUGGAUUAUUUACUUCAGAACUUUUAGAAAAGACAAUUACAUAUCACUAUGAAGGUUUACGAGAAUAUUUUAGUGACAUCCUCUUAUUGUCAGAGUGUCUUCUUAGAUCGAGUCAACAGCAGACCACUGUGUCACGUGCUGCUUGUACAUUAUAUCGUAGUGCGUUCAUAGUAUUCGAACCAUACCAACAGCAAGAAAUAGUAGCGUCGUUGGUGACGCAUAUUGGAUGUGGUUCGCCUAUUGAAAUCGAGGCUGCACUCUCAGUGUUGUCCCAUUUAGUUAAGAUAGAUAUAAAAAAGAUGAGUCGGUUUGCAAUUUUUGUAAAAGGACUUUUAGAUUAUUUGGAUAAUCUUAAUAUAGAUCAAAUUCGAAUUUUGUUUGAAGUAAUUAGUAAAUUAGUUUAUGAGGAUGCAAACUAUGAUGGUUCAAAUGGUGGUUUGCUCGCUGAGUUUUCAAUUGUUAUUCAGAAGCAGUUGUCUAAUCCCAAUGAGAAGUAUAAACAAAUAGGCGUUAUAGGCGCUCUUGCUUUAGUGCAAACACUAGGUUCUGCGCAAAAUACAGAAAAUCCUAACCGUGAAAAAAUGAUAAAUACUGCAAUAGAAAGCUUCUCAAAGAUUGAGCGUUAUUGUGCGCGAUCAAUGACAUGUCUAGCAUUUGCGUAUGAUGAACUCGCAUGGUUCAUAUCUAAUGGAAUUUUAGAGCGUAGUUUGGUAAACUGGAUCUAUGAUAAGGUUGAGAACAUGUUUUCAGAUACUUAUGUUGUAGACAGCGAUGACUUAGCCAAAUUAAGAGAGGAUCACUACUAUUUGAAAGGAAUGCCAAUAGAAAUUUGGUUGGAAACAGAAAGCGAUACUGAUGACUCACCAAAGUUUAACGUUUAUCCUAUGCUGUGUGAACCUCAUAUUUCACAAGAAUUACGCAUGCAACAUUUGUUCAAACGGGACCAUGUAAUAUGUUGUUGCUCGAUGUUGAGAUUAAUGCAGGCUUGCUUGAAAGUAAAAGAGGGAAGCUUAACAGAAAUCGGUGCUUUGUUAAGCACCGGAUUGCUCAUGUACGAAAAAGUUGACAUCGAGCGUAUGAAAUCGGACGAUUACUCUAAAUUAAUGCGUGAGACAGCAUGCGAUGCAUUAUUUUAUUCUAUUAAUUGGUGUCGAGAACUUGUUAACGACUUCUGGGGCACAGAUGUGGAUAAUCAUAGUAGGUGUUGGGCCAUCUUUAAUAGUCAAAAACUUGAAAAGCUUUUAGACGGCCUAUUGGAAAUAACGCCUUCUUUUCAACCCUUUGGAUUUACAACUUCUGCUCCAACCAAAAAUGUAAAGUCAACUUCUGUGUCGGUUUUAGUUGGAUCAAUGCCAAGGAAUCUUAUCAGGACUGGAGCAACAAUUCGACGUUCUGGAAUCAGUAAAAGCAAAAUUAUAAGUGCACGUAAAUUUGAAAUAGAGAAAGAUGAGGAGCAAAGCAAGGAUACCAGUAAUUGUACUCCUAAAUUUGCAUCUGUUUCUGAUUUAAGGCCAUUAAUGCGUGAGCUGGCUUUGCCAGUGUUUGGUAUGCUUGAAUAUGGAAAUAUUAAAAAACCUACAAAUGAUAGCGAAAGUGCUAAAAUGUCUGAUGACACAAAUGAAGCUAAAUUGCGUCCUAUAGAGAUGGUUUACCUCCUUGAAGAUCUUAAGCGCAAACUUGAUUUUAAGCUCUCGCCACCAGUAUCUAAUGUUCCUUUUUUUGCGAGGAAGACGAAAAAAGCGGAACUUGGAAACAAUUCCGACGAGUUUGCCUUAAUUGCUCGCCAAGCGUCUAUAGAUAUUGUUAAGCAAGUUUCUCUUAAUUAUAUUCCGCAUUUAUUGCGACAAUUAGAUUCAAUAUGUGAAGAACUUAAUUCUACAGACGAUGAAGUAAUUGAAGAUGAUGUAUAUGAUGAAUUAAAACGUUGCCUACAAUUAAUACUUGAGAUUAUUCAUCGGUUACUUUGUUGGGCUGAAUUGAAAAGUUUAGAUAAUAAAGAAAUAUUGAUUACUUUAUUAAAACAAUUAUGCCCAAAGGUCUCGUCUUCAGUUCCAAAACUUACAUCAGUCCAAUCUGAAAUUAUUCAACAAUCUUCUAAUGAUGCGUUUCAAUAUUUGCAUGACUUUGUGUCGAGACUACCAACAGCAAAUUUAGCUAUAUUGCUACACAAGAUUCUUAAAUUAAUUGCUGAAUUUGCACCGAAUUCGAGUGAACUUUUUGCAAAAUCCGGGGAAGUAGCACGAAAUUUUGCAUCACGUUCAUGGGACGAUAUUUCUAAAUUGGACUCUGAUUCCAUUAUAUAUCUAGUGCGAAAUGAUAUUAGACAUUCGUCCAAUCCUAUAGAUAGAAUAAAGUUUUAUGCAAUUGAUGUCCUCCCUUCCCUUGAUUCACAGGACGAUAACAUUGCGGAGUCAUAUCCAUUGCUUAAUAGGAAUACGUUUCCGCAUUUUUAUAAAGCAUUAUUUAUAGAACUUGUUGAAGUACUUCAAGAAUUCGGAUCAGGGAAUUUUAAUACCACAGAUGAAACUUUGGCACACAUUUCUGAUACGGUUGAAUGUCUGCAAAAGCUGGUUUCAUUUAUAAGAAUUAAUCAUAAGCGCAAUGUUUUAUCUGUAACAUUAAAAUUUGGCCGUAGUUUCAUUGAUACUUUUCUUAAGAAAAUGUUUCCAUUGAUGGAUGAACAUUUUAACUCAUAUCGUGACGAGGUUUUAAAUAUAUUUAAAACAUUUCAAAUGUCCACUCGGAAUCUUCAGGCACUUUGCAAUCACGUAAAAGUUAAUAAAGAAUCUCAGCUGUCAUCGAUGGUACCACUUGUAAAAAAAUCAUUGGAAAUCGUAAUUUUCCAAGUUAAGGCUUUAAUUCAGCAUAAUGGGUUGCCAUUGUCAACAUUCUUUUUAGGAGAACUUAAACAUCGUGAUAUUGAUGGAAGAGAAGUCGAUUCUGAUGAUCAAAAAGAUGAUAGGUCACAAAAAGAUGAUAUUAAUUCU